GAACCUUUCAAAAACAUAAGUGCAUUAUCGUAUAUUUAAAAAAAAGCCUGAACACUCGACAUGAGGAGAUGGCGCACUCUGGCUUAUUGCGCUGAUCUGAUGAGAAUGCCGAAGGGCGCCUAAAUCUCUAUCUGUAGCCGGUGUCUUCUAAUAACAACGUAAAAACAUGUGCAAUUCCUUAUUUGUGAUGUAAACACUUCAAAGUGCGCUAAAAACCUAUUCAAAAUGGUGAUAGUGGACAAUAUCGCAAGUAAAUUGUGUGCUAUUUUGCAGACAAAAAACAGUGAAGUACGAGCAACGGAAUGGCGUCUACUGGGCCAAGAGCAAAGUGGUCUCCUAUUAUUAUCAUGGACACAAACAGAGAGCGACUCAAACUCUACAACACACAUUGGCGUGUACUCCUACGAGGAAAACACAUUACAAGACAUUUACAAAUUUGAACAACCCACAACAGUAAUCCAAGCAUCGCUCAAUUCCAAUAAGUCAGUACUCGGUUUUGUAACAAAGGAGUACAAAGAUACCGACGAUCACACAUCGUACACUUACCAACCAUUUAUACUCAAGCUUGACAAAGGCAACCUUAUCGAUUUGCAAUUAAAAAGAACGAAACAAAUAAUGAUUCAAUUUUUGUAUCGAAAGCAGUCCGUCUUAAACGAAAAGAAAAUCGACAAAUUUCUAAUAAUGAUUCACGAAGAAUGUGUCUUACAGUAUCAGCUACAGUGGGACGUAUUUGAAAUGAAAGGCUGUGAAACUUUGGUACGUGUGUUUUUAUGGGCGCAAUGGGAUUCCGUGCAUCAAACCUUAUAUUACAUUCAUUACAAAACAGUAGCCAGAGGGUUAGUGGAGGAUGAAGAUGAUCCCAAGCCAAAUUAUGAGAAGAAGACCUCGCCGACUUUGUCUGGGUUACAAUUUCACGAAGAUCUGCCCCAUGAGACUGUUCUGAAUAUUCCAUUAAAUUUACCACAUUUGAAUUCAAUUUCUUCAACAUGCAAUCUCUAUGAAGAUGACACUGUUCCGUUGCGAAUUCAUAAUUGCUCAUUGGAUUUGAUGGUGUUAACUGAUUCUGAGGGAUUUAUUUGUGUCUGUCAUAAUUACUUGUAUCAGCCAGUGCAAACAACUACAAACCUUGAAGAGAAUGAUUGCACCCCAGUACACUUCGCCUACUCAGUUACGGUACUACAUCAAAGCUGUGUGAUACAUUGUGUCAUACCAGGAAUACCAUGGAAUCAAGCCAAAACUAUUCGACCGACGUUUAUGCUAUACGAAGAUCACCACAUAUUGGUUUAUAUACCAGGGAUAUGUACUCAAUUGCUGGAUGUAGGGAUUUUGCACGAACCAACUUGUCACAUUACGAUACCAUCGGAACCACUCGAUGUGGAACCUCAACAAAUCAUUUUCGUACCCGCUCUUAAAAUGGGCAAGGCAACUGUGCUUAACAUAACCAGCCUAGAAGUGAUUGAUCUUACCGUAACAAUCCCACAGCUACUCCAGACAUUUAAAAAUAACACCACCCUUGAGAAUAAACUGUCGAUAAUGCAUUACCUUUUGGUACAUCGAAAUGACAUGGAAGCAGCUAUAGAGCUAUUCACUUCUCAAAUUGACACCUUAAUAUUUGGAGGUCUUCCUCAACUGAUCAAAGAAUUUCUCAUUGGCAGUUCUUACUCGACAGUCCGAAGAAAUUUACCUUCCGACGCGAGUCAGUUAAUAAAUCUACUUCCGAUCACUACUCAGCCCACAGGAUGCGAUAUCGAAAUUAAAAUUAACGACAAUGUAAUCUCAUUAUCUCAAGAUGCACUCUGGAACGCAUCUAUGAUGUUACUCUCACCACAGCAAAGGCUAGUACCGUAUAGAGCCGACAUAUGGACAAAGCUAUGGGAUCAUUUAAUUAAAAGCGCAAAAUUGAAGCAGAAAUUUAAACCGGCGCAAGUUGUAGAGAAGCUACUCGUUUCUCUAGUUUGUUAUCAGCCCGAGGCUCUUUCGCGCUCCAGUACUCCUUUAUCACCAGGCAGUGCAUUGGGGAGUAGUAGCACAAUCAGUGAUUUGUCCUCAAUGAGCCAAUGCAGUCGGAAGAGCCAAAUUGACGCCUUACCAUUUUACGAAAUCGAAAGUUGCACCGCCAGCAAGCAGGAGCAUGUUAUUUCCGUGAAUCUUCGUGAACUAAGCAUGCAUCUACUCAAACAAAGCACUGAAAACAAGAUAAGCAGAUUUCAAUGGCAAUCGCAAACGCCAAUGCAUGUACAUGCUGUUGCGACGAGAUAUGUGGCGGCACAAUUGGAACAGUCACGCUUCUUAUGCCACAUUCUAUCAAAAGCAAUUGGAUUUGAUCCAAAAUAUGAUCAAGAAAAAGGUUUUGUGUACAUUGACCAUUUACCAAACGAAAAAAAGUACGUAUUCUUCGCCAUAUUAGAGAGGUACUACUCGGCGGUGGAAUCCAUAGCAUUUCCGCUUCCGCAGGGCUUCACAUCGUUCUUCACCUUUUUGGGAUAUCGGACUUUGCGGUUUAACACCUUCCUGCAAUACGUUCAGCGAAAUGUUUUCGAGCUGCAAGUUGACGUUAUGAAAAUUAUCAUGAUGGAUACUGAUGAUACAAAAGCCGGAAUACAACGCAAACUCAAACUGCUCAGCCUGUUACCGCGAUCGAGACUGAAGCGGCUAUUGAGUCAGUGGAGUCAUCCUGUAAGUUUGAUGAUUCGCGCGAGAGAACACGCGCUCAAUAUUUUGUCCGGAGUUGAGGGGCAAAAUCCUCGAUUGCAUGGUCUACAGAAAAAUAGGAAUUAUCAAUUGGGAUUGGCCGCAUUUCCAUCCGAAGACAGAUUGUCGCCACUGGAUACGUUUCUGGAUCUCUUGACUGCUAAAGCAAAUUUAACUGAGAUCGAUUUCGGUUUGCUCAUUGAAGCCACUAUUACAUCCACUGAUGAAUUUAUAUAGACGUGAAUAUACUGUUUAGUAUAGCUAAUAGAAAUAGCUAGAUAUAUAUACUUGUUUUCAAAAUACUUAUGUGAAAAAUCAUAGCUAGUACAAGAUUAAGUGAUAGCAUUGAUCCCUUUUCUUAAUGAUAAUAAACGGUCACGAAUCACUAAUUAUUCACAUUCAUGUGUCACAGUCGAAAAUUACAAUUAGGAUUUAAGGCGGGAAUUUGUGCAAUAUGUAAAAUAUUUUCAAGAUUUUAACUGCCAAAUCAAUUUGUUCAAUUACACGUAUACCUACCAAAGAGAUUAGUACCUAUACUAUUUAUUUUUGUUUUGUUUACUUGUUUUUACAUUCUUUAUGAUCAUGUUUCUAUACCGAUUUUUAUGUGUAGGUACUAUGUGUUAUGUUAGCGGAUUGUUAUAAUUGUUUUGUUAGAAAUAUAAAGAAAACAAAAUUGACAUUUGUCUAAAAUAUACAUACUGGAUGUCUA